CAGUAUUAAUUCAAAUAAUGGAGGGAGGGUUUGGGUGGAUGGAUCCGACGGACAGUGAAAACUCAUUUCAAGUCACGCCGGUCAAUAGAUUCGAUAUCGACGGUCAGGGUCAGGGUCAGGGUCAGGCUGGCCUGAGCAGAGAGUAUGUGUGUUGACUCACGCUACACACAUGACAGCCUGCGACCGACUGUGGCUGCAUUGACAUUGCCGCUCGUUUACCCCAUUCAAUCCAAUUCAAUUCAAUCCAAUUCUUACUUCUUCGUAAGAUCACUAUCACCAUCAUCAUCUCUCUCUCUCUCUCGUGUUUGAUUUACGGCGUCCCUCCGGUGGACUAAUAAACAACUCACGACCAAAGUUAGGGUAAAAACAUUUCUCAAUCUCUCAUACUUCUCCACCGCCGUUUCAAAGUUUUCUUAUUUCCUCUCAACCAGAAACCAGACUACGAGUAUGCGCGGUAAACAAAAUGCUGGGAGGGGCAGUGCCUGUGCUCCACAGGAGAAAUCCUCCUCUGUUACAGAGCCACCAGCUGCAGAAAAGCAAUCACAUUUACAUGUUAGUGGCAUGCAUUCAGUGGAAGCUACAUCAGCGGGACCUGAUACCCCACUGGAUUGCAAUGGUUCGCCAGAAGCUAAGGAAACUAAUGGGGCUAAGAGAACAGUUGUUAGACGAUCUGAACGACUUAAAAGUCCUCAAUCUGGUGGAGUGAAAGCGGUAAUGCCUGUUGUAAGCCAUACUUUUUCUGAAACUGAUAAGGGAAAAGCACCUCACUCUCAGCAAGUUAGUACCUACCCAAUCUUGAAUGUUAAAAACCUGGGAUCGGAACCACAGAUUCAACAAGACAAUACAGUUCCAGACAUGAGUUCUCCAAUCUUCAUGGAAAAGAUUGACUAUCUUGUUCAAUCAGUUGAUGAAUUUAAAUCUCAGGGAUUUGAACGAGCUCCUAGAAACCCGGACAAUGAUUGUGCAGCCGACCUAAACUACAAGACCUUGUACUUGGACUCACAAAAGAAGAUUGAUGCUUUGGUAAAGGAAAACAUUGAGCUAGUCAAGAAGUUGGAAUAUGCUCGCGGAAAAGUUGCUGCACAUAAGCAUAACAGCUCCCAACUUGUACUUGUUUCUAGGCCCCCAAUUUCGGCAUUUGAGCUGCUGCUGCUUGAAUUGAAUGCCAGAAAAGGGGGGUGCUCAUCAGAAAUGGGAUCCUUGCCGCUUGAUGUUGAGAAAGAGAUCCUAGGCCCGCUUGAUUGCGUUACAUUGGGCACAGGCACAAGCAAUGAUGGCUGCUGCUACUACGACAUAGGAAUUGGAGUGGGAGUAGGAAAGCCCUUGGUUCUGUCCCUUGUUUCGACAUUUCUUGAGAAGGCUGUUGAGGAAAACGAGAGGAGGAGGAUGAAGGAGGAGGAGGAGGAGGAGGAGGGUGCAGCAGUGAGUGCAUUCCAGGGGUCGACGGCUCCUUGUCUGAGCAUCGAGCAGUACAUGGAGCGGAUUUACAAGUACUCGUGUUGCAGCCCUUGCUGUUUUGUGAUGGCACAGAUAUAUGUGGACAGGUUCCUUCAGCACACCAACCUGGUCUUGACUUCCCUCAACGUGCACCGCCUCCUCAUCACUGCGGUCAUGCUGGCUGCCAAGUUUAUGGACGAUGCGUUCUUCAACAACGCCUACUACGCAAGAGUGGGAGGCGUGAGCACGAGGGAACUCAACAAUCUAGAAAUGAAGUUCCUGUUCAGUAUGGAUUUCAGAUUGCUUGUUAGCGUGCAGACCUUCAAGAAAUACUGUUGGCUGCUCAAGAGGCAACAAGCAUCUGCAUCUGCCCUCCUCACUGGACGCCCUCCAAUCCCAAUCACUACCACCUAUACUUAUAAAGACAAUGAUGAUGAUGAUGAUUCCGUGUGUUGCUCCAUCUCCAGAUGACACACCCCCACACACCAUUAUUUAUUUAUCUGUCAAUUCAUCUACGCAAGAACACGUGUGGAUCUAUUUCUGUAGUAUGUAUAUUUCAGAGCCAAAUGCCAUAGAAGAUGCUACUACUGUCAGGAAUCAGGAUGGAUGGAUGAAUAUGCCUGCCUGCCUGCCUGCCAAAUAGGUUUCUUCUUCAGGGCAGGGCAGUUGGCCUGUUUUGAUGAUGAUGAUGUUGUUGUUUGAUGAUUUGUGUGUAGUUUAGUAGUCACUAGUGUAGGGUAGGGUAGUGUAGUGGAAUGUAGUUUGGGCUCAGUGUUAUGCCCUUAUUCUUUCAUUUGCAUUAUUAUUUCCAACAUAUACAUCACACAUUGAUUGAUUGUAAUCAUUGUAUCAGUUUCCAUUUCUUUGUUUGAGCGGGACCGGACUUCGGAGGUUGAA